UAAGGUCUUUCAUCUUCUUCGUUAGACCUUUCGUCCUUCUCGCGUUCACUCUCACCCUCGCUUCCCUCUUCGUCUUCUUCUUCUCCUCCUCUUCCCGGAGCUCUCCUCCGCUUCCCAUGGCGGCUCGCAGCUUUGUUCUCUGGCUUCAUGGUCUCGGUGACUCUGGCCCUGCCAAUGAGCCCAUCCGCACCUUCUUCUCCUCUCCUGAGUUCAAGAACACGCGCUGGUCCUUCCCUUCCGCUCCUCACAACCGCGUCUCUUGUAACUAUGGUGCUGUCAUGCCCUCAUGGUUUGAUAUUUUUGAGAUACCUGUGAGCGCUGAAUCACCAAAAAAUGAGAAGGAUGUCCUUCAAGCUGUUGAGAGUGUGCAUGCAAUGAUAAACAAAGAGGUCGCUGCUGGCAUAAAUCCUGAAAACAUUUUUGUAUGUGGAUUUAGCCAAGGAGGUGCUUUGACCUUAGCAAGUGUACUUCUUUAUCCAAAAGCUUUGGGUGGAGGUGCUGUCUUUAGUGGAUGGGUGCCUUUCAAUUCAUCUAUCAUAGAACGAAUUUCACCUGAAGCUAAAAAGACUCCGAUUUUAUGGUCACAUGGCAUGGCUGACCAAACAGUACGUUUUGGAGCCGGGCAAGCUGGACCUCCUUUUCUUGAGCAAGCGGGCAUGACUUGCGAAUUUAAGGCAUAUCCAAAUCUCGGCCACUCUAUAACCCCUGAAGAAUUACAUACACUAGAAUCCUUUAUUAAGAAACAUUUGAAGAGUUCUUCAUGAAUCCCACCGAACCAUCUUUUUCAGGAUUUCUCAUACAAAGCAUGCAACUCUGAAUAACAUUGUUUUCUCAGUGGCAAGAGCCGAAAAUGAAUUAUUGUAUGUCCAUGCCUGAAGACUCCAUAGAACUGAUGUUUGUUUGAGUGAGAUAGUAUCACUGUGUUUAUGAUGAAGGGAUUCUUCGCCUGUAUGACUGAACUUGCAAAAUAGUUUUUGUGCUUCCGAAAAGUUCCCUGAUGUUCUUAUAUUUGUAUAAACCUCCACAAAAUCUUCACCAUAGAAAGCAGGGUGCUACAGAUUACACCAGGGAUUUCUCAAACUAUUAAUGCAAUUAUUAAGAAUGAUUUUUUGUUUUCUGGAA